AUGGUCCAAUGCCGCGGGAAGAGUCCGAGCGAAAGCCCAAGCCCGCAGCAGGGCUCCGGGCAGCAGGGCGAAAGCGAGCGCCCGGCCCAGGAGCAGGAGCUGAGGCCGGAGGACGUUCCGAUCUACCGGAGGCCGCUCAGAGGCCGCUACCGCUAUAGACAGGGGAGCCACACGCGGCGGCGCCGCGCCUGCCGGAGGCGCCGGCGAUGGGCCAGCAGGCACCGGAGGCACCGCAGAGGCUGCAGAAGGAUCAGGAGGAGGAGAUGCAGAAGGCAGCUCUAA